GUCCCCGCGCCCGCCGCCCGCGCCGCGUCCCGCCCAGGCCGCGCCCAGCUGGGAUGCAGAGGUCGCCGCCCGGCCCCGGCGCACAGGACGAGCCGCCCGCCCGCCGCGACUGUGCGUGGGCCCCGGGCCUCGGGCACGCCGCGCCGCCCAGUCCCGCGGGCCGCGGGGACCGUCCGGCGGCCGACGAGUCGCGCAUCCGGCGGCCCAUGAACGCCUUCAUGGUGUGGGCCAAGGACGAGCGCAAGCGGCUGGCGCAGCAGAACCCCGACCUACACAACGCGGUGCUUAGCAAGAUGCUGGGCAAGGCCUGGAAGGAGCUGAGCGCGGCCGAGAAGCGGCCCUUCGUGGACGAGGCGGAGCGGUUGCGCGUGCAGCACCUGCGCGACCACCCCAACUACAAGUACCGGCCCCGCCGCAAGAAGCAGGCGCGCAGGGCCCGGCGGCUGGAGCCCGGCCUCCUGCUCCCGGGCCUGGCGCCGCCGCCCGAGCCCUUCCCCGCCUUCCGCGAGCUGCCCGCGCUGGCCGCCGACUUGGACGGGCUGGGGCUGCCCACGCCCGAGCGCUCGCCGCUGGACGGCCUGGAGCCCGGCGAGGCCGCCUUCUUCCCGCCGCCCGCCGCGCCCGAGGACUGCGCGCCGCGGACCUUCCGCGCGCCCUUCGCCGCGGCCGAGCUGCCCCGCGAGUCGGGCGCCUACGGGCCGCCGCUGGCCGCGCCGCUGGCCGGCCUCUACUACGGCGCUGGCCCCUACGCCGGGCCGCUGUCGCCGCCGCCCGACGCUGCGCAGCCCGACGCCGCCGACCCGCUGGCGCCUGGCGCCGAGCUCUGGGCCGACGUGGACCUCACCGAGUUCGACCAGUACCUCAACUGCGGCCGGACUUGGGCGGACGCCGCGCUCCCGUACCACGUGGCGCUGGCCAAGCGGGGCCCGCGGCCCAUGUCCUGCCCCGAGGAGAGCAGCCUGAUCGCCGCGCUCUCGGACGCCAGCAGCGCGGUCUACUACAGCGCCUGCAUCUCGGGCUAGCGGCCAGGAGCGGCCGCCUGCUUGGCCUUUUCUAUACACGCUACAAUAUAUUUAAUUUUU